AAAUCAACAAAAUGAAUUGUAUAUUUCAGGUCUUAUUGGGUGUGUAUGGUUCAUGUUUUGGAUAUUCUUGGUGUACAAUACUCCAUCAGAACAUCCAAGAAUCUCAAAAAAGGAACUCCACUACAUUCAACAGAAUCUACCACAGACGUCAGCCGACAGACAGACUCGUCCCAUUCCAUGGGGCUUGAUCUUCCGUUCCAGGGCCGUUUGGGCCGUCACCAUAGCCAAGUUUGCGGGCACCUGGGGGUUCACCUGUCUUCUCACCAAACUACCCGCCUACCUUGCAGACGUACUUCAUUUUCCCAUUCAGAAGAAUGGACUGAUUAAUGCAUCUGUGUAUACGGCAGAAAUCAUCGCCAUGUUUCUCUCUGGAUUUUCAUCCGAUUACCUGAGGAAGAAAAACAAGCUCUCCAACACAAACAUCAGGAAGUUAUUUGAAACCCUAGCUCUCUUAGGUCCAACUCUCUGCCUUGCACUAGUUCCAACAAUGGGCUGCGAUCACUGGCCGGUGGUGAGUCUCAUUGUCAUGUCUAUGUUCUUCUACGGGAUGGUGGGAGGGGGUGACGUCCCCACAUUCGUCGAUAUAGCUCCCGAACUCGCAGGUACGAUAUUUGGAAUGGCAAAUUGUUUAGCUGGAACCACUGGAUUUUUGUCACCGCUUGUUGCUGGUAUUUUCUUAGAUUCAGAUCAUGGAGGAAUGCAGCAGUGGGCUAAAGUGUUCUAUACUUCCUGCGGUAUCUAUGCAGCAGGUGCCAUCGUCUUCCUUCUGUUCGGUUCAGCGGACCCAGAACCGUGGGCGUCCAGCUCUGAUGAACCGGAGAAUUCUCUGGAAGAAGAAUUCGCCAGAAAAGCUUCUGUUCGAUCGGACAUUGAAAUAUCGCUCAGUAUUCACGCAUCCAUGCGCAUGCGUCGUGCUCCACUUGAAAGUUGAAGAAAAACCUUAGGUCAUCUGGGAACUGUGGUUAGUUCUAGGCGACCUAUCAGAACUGAAUCUUCUAGUGGUCGGUCACAGAUUCUCCUACGAGAGGGUGAAGUGUGCCACACUCGCAAGGAGGGGACAUUUGUAGUGUGUUUCAUUCAUAAUUCGAAGGGUAUUAUAUUUCUUCCCAAUAUUUUACUGAUACUCCUACGCCAGCCCAAUGAUAAGUGUUCAAUGGCUCAACGCCCUCAAUCCAAACUAAAUAAGUCUUUCUUAAACAAUAUUCGUUGGUGAAUCUCUUGUUAACGCAUUUGAGUCGCAAAACUAACAAAUAUAUAGAAUAUGUGGCAAAUAAUUUAUCUCCGGACUAACUAUAUUCUCGAUUAUUUUGAUGGGUGGUGUUUAAAAAUUGAUUUGCUAAAAAUUUUCCUUUAACUUAGAUUUUAAAAAAAUUAUUGUUUCCCAAGAACAUUUUUUAUUAAAAGAAGUUCUUACUGCAUAUUCACCUUACAAUGUUCAAUUUACAAUCAUAUUGCCACCCGAAGAAUGGAUUUAUGAGCCGAAAGUGAAUACAUAUCUUAUCUAAAUUAAAGCCCUGGAUAUGCAGCUUGAAUAGCGACACGCCGCCAUUUUGGUGACCACAACUGAAUGUAGAAAUAAGGACUUUCUACCCGAAUUCUUAAAAUCCACUUUUUAUUGAUCUAUAGUUUCAUAUUGCUCAAACUAACUAAAAUAUUUACUAUUUAUUCUUUUAAUUCUUUUUUUUUCUCUCCCUGAAAUGAUAUAUUUUAUUCUAUUUAGUGAAAAUAAUAUAUUUUCUAUAAAUUAAAGCUUUCACAUUCUAUCUUUCAUUAAGUCUUAUUCAAAUUCUGACUCACUAUUAAAUAACACAUUUAUUUUGCACUGUUACAUUAUUUUACAGUAAUGCAUAAAAUAUUUAAAGUAAUAAAAAAUAAAGAAACCACUAAGAGUUCAAAUAGGAAUUAGAUCAUCUUAUUAAAUCAUAGCAAUUUUAAAUUUUUUCAGUUGAAAAGUAAUUAAUAUGUUUUCAGGUGAAUAUGCAUUUAAAUUUGUUAAACUUCUAAUUUGAAAAAAAAAAAAAACGUAAUAUAUUUGCUAUACAUAAUUAAUAAAUAAUAUCAUAUAAAAUUUGAAACAAUUGAAUAUAAAAAUUUAAUUUCUAACAAACCUCACAUAAUCUGCUGUUUUCGUUUGGAGUCCAUUUAUCUCUGCCAAUUCUAUGCAGCCAUACUUUCCGUCAUUCUUUAUUGCGAUCUCCAACAGGUAAAUGAUAUAUUUUAAAGUCUAAAUUUGACCUAUUAGAACACCUAAUAUGCGCGACAAUAGGUAAUUAUUAGUUUAAAAAUAUGAAACAAACAUAGUUAAAAAAAGUGAAAAUGGAAAUAGCAGAUCGAGCGCAAUGGUACUUUACCUUUCAAAUUAAUCACCAAAAUGGCGAUUGUUUUCCCAUGUGAUCGGCGACAGCCAAUCUAAAUUGAAAACGUCACGGGAAAAAGAGUGACGCUACUUGAGCUAGGUAAUCAAGAGCUUUAAUCUAAAUGUAUGGAGUACCAAGGGGAGGAAAAUCACCCACAAUGAGAUUCGUAGUCAAAUGAUCAGAUAGAUAUGUGUGCACAGUUGUUAGAUUUUGUUAAUCAAUUUCAAUAGUUUGUCUAAAAAUAGAUUCAAAUUGUAUUAAUAAUGGCUGUGUGACGAAUACGUAUGAAAUUUAUGUAACGAAUAUUCAUGUAACAAAGUAAGACGCAGAAAUAUAUUUUCUCUAAACUAAAUGUACUUUUUUUGGCGGAUUCAGAUCUUUGAACUUCAAAAUACUGUGCAUAACCGUAAUCUGGCAUGUAUAAUUUCAAACGAUUAAUAAGGAGAUCUGUUGAAAGUUUGAGCCGCUUAUUUCAAAUCGCCCCAUAAAUUUAAACGAAUAAAGUUUUGCCCACAAUUAUUUAUCUAAAAAUAAUUCUUUUCAGAAAAUUUUUUUCUUCUGAAUUUUAGCAUAAUUUUGAAUUACGUAAUAUUCAAUUACAGAAUCCAAAAAUUUUCAGAGUGCUAAAAUUUCUUUUAAGUCAUACUUUUCAUUCCUCGAGAAGUUUUCGACCUCUCACAUUUUGCAUUUUAUAAUUAAAAUAGAAUAAUUAUAAAUAAAUUUUUAAAGCUUAUUUGAUAGCUUACAAUGAAUAUACUAUCAUUCCUGUCGUAUGUCACUUUCUAUAUCAUUGCAGUGUAGGUAUUUACUACGGGAAGAAAUAUUUGUUUUCUAGAUUUUUACUGGCUCGUUGUUGCCAUCCUUUUAGAACAAGAACAGUACUUUUAUUGAAAUGGUAAUUCGUGGCCAUUAACAUGAUUUCAUUGUUCACAUUUAUCAUUUGUAUUCAAUAUGAAAUAUUUAUAAUAAAAACUUUUGUACAUAUAAGGAA